AUGGAGCAGCUGGGUGGGCACAUGGUGACCAUGUCUGCUCCUGUGACGGCAGUGGAGACUGCCUCCCCUAGAGCUACCACUGCCCAGGGGGGCAGCUUUGGGAAGGCAACGCCGCCGCUCACCACAGCCAGCCAUGCCCCGCAGGCUGGGCCAACGGGUGCACCUCUUAGUCCCUCAGCCAGUGCAACAAACCACAGCGGCAGCGUCCCUGAGGUGGCACUGACCACGGUGAGACCUCCUGUGCUGACAACACUGGCCAGUCGCCAGCCAACCCCAGUAAGAAUAUUUAUUGGGCAGGUCCCCCUGAAACUUAAUAUUACCUAUGGGAAGUAUGCAGAGCUCCUGCAGGUCGAGAGUGAAAUCGUGGCGAUGCUCAAUGCCUCACUGUCGGGCUUGCCGGGGUACCGCCACUCCAUGGUGAAGGCAACCAGGGAGGCAAGCAUUGUGCAUGUUUCAGUGCAAUCCACAUUCUCUUUAGCAUCCAACGUGACUUUCUAUGACAUUAUCAGCAGUGUGAGAAGCUACAUUCGAGCCUGCAAAUCCCCCACCGAAGCCUGCCAGUUCAUCUCCAGCCUGAAACCACUCCACAGAGCUGGCAGCUUGUGCAAGCAGAAAGACCCCGAAUGUGACAGGGAAACAUCUGAGUGCACCGACUUCGAUGGAGUCGCACUCUGCCAGUGCAAGAGUGGGUACUUCAAAUACAACAAGAUGGACCACUCUUGCAGAGCCUGUGAAGAUGGAUAUAAACUGGAAAACGAGACCUGUGUGAGCUGCCCAUUUGGCUUAGGUGGAUUCAACUGUGGAAACCCAUACCAGCUCAUCACUGUGGUGAUUGCAGCAGCAGGAGGAGGACUUCUGCUUAUCAUGGGCAUAGCCCUGAUUGUCACCUGCUGCCGGAAGAAUAAAAAUGACAUAAGUAAACUCAUUUUCAAGAGUGGGGAUUUCCAGAUGUCACCGUAUGCUGAAUAUCCGAAGAAUCCCCGGGCACAGGAGUGGGGCAGAGAGACCAUAGAGAUGCAGGAGAACGGAAGCACCAAGAACCUGUUGCAGAUGACAGAUGUGUAUUAUUCGCCAGCUGGACUGAGAAAUCCUGAGCUGGAAAGAAAUGGACUUUAUCCUCCCUACACUGGUUUGCCUGGAUCUCGACAUUCAUGCAUCUACCCUGGACAAUACAAUCCAUCCUUCAUUAGUGAUGAAACCAGAAGAAGAGACUAUUUUUAG